CAUAUACAAACAACCCCUCAAUUUCCAUUUAUAUUUCAAAUCCCUCUCCCUCCUUCCCUCUCUCACUUUCCUUCCUCUUUCUCCAUUUCUCUCUAUAUUAAUUAACUCUUCUAUCAAAGAAGAAAGAAAUUAUAGACAGGUAGAUCAAUUGGGAAAUGAUGGGAAGGCCACCUUGUUGUGAUAAAAUUGGUGUAAAGAAAGGGCCAUGGACUCCUGAAGAAGAUAUCAUCUUAGUUUCUUACAUUCAAGAACAUGGGCCUGGCAAUUGGAGAUCAGUUCCAACUAACACUGGUUUGUUAAGAUGUAGCAAAAGUUGUAGAUUGAGAUGGACUAAUUACCUUCGUCCUGGUAUCAAGCGUGGCAAUUUCACUGAUCAUGAAGAAAAAAUGAUAAUUCACCUCCAAGCUCUUUUGGGCAACAGAUGGGCAGCUAUAGCAUCGUAUCUUCCGCAAAGAACAGAUAACGAUAUAAAGAACUACUGGAACACGCACUUGAAAAAGAAGCUGAGAAAGAUGCAAUCUUUAGGAGGAGGAGGAGGGAGUGAAGGAAGUGGUGUGCAAUCACAAAGUAAUACAACACUUUCAAAAGGGCAGUGGGAAAGAAGGCUUCAAACAGAUAUUCACACAGCUAAAAAAGCCCUUUGUGAAGCACUUUCCCUUGAGAAAAAGCCUGAUUUAGAGGAAUAUUAUUAUAACAAUAAUCUCAAGAUCCUUCAAGAAUCACCAACAGCUCCAACACCACCACCACAGACAAUAACAACUACUUAUGCAUCAAGUGCUGAAAAUAUUGCAAGAUUGUUAGAGAAUUGGAUGAAGAAAUCACCAACAAAAUCAUCAGAAAUCACAACAACAACACAAGUUUGUAUGAGUGAAGAAGGAUCACAAAUUAGUGCAACCAAUAAUUACAACAAUAACUCACCAGAUCAUCAAAACCCCAACAACGACAACAACAACAAUUUGGAGGGCUUCUUCAAUAAUUAUUCUUCCCACUCAACAACAAAUAAUCAAGAAGUAGUUCCUCUUACUUUUCUUGAGAAGUGGUUGUUUGAUGAUGCAGCUUUGGCUCAUGUUCAUGAUGAUGAUCAUCAUUUAAUUAGUGUGUCAUUAGAUGAAGCUCAAAGCGAAGGUUUGUUUUAAUUAAUUUUAGUUUUAAUUUUAGCACAAAAUCUUGAUUAAGGAAAAGUAGUGUCAUGGUAUGUGUGUCUUUGGUUUGUUAGAGAGCUUCUGCUUUUCUUUUGUGUACAUGAUGACACCACCCCAAACCCAACAAAAGAACAAAAGUGUAAAUUAACAUAGUUAUAAAAAACGAGUAUAUAUAUAAAUACAUAUAUAUA